AUGGCUUCCCACGCCCCCGCCUCAACAGCCAUCGGCUCCAGUGAAUUCGAUUCCCAGCGACAACAACAACAGCAACAACAAUCCCAGUCCCCUUCCGCAGGACUUUGUGCUCUUUCCCGCUCCGUGUCCCCCGCCGCAACCCAGGGACUCGCGUGCUCAAGCACCGAUCAAUUCUGCCCCUAG